AUGUAAUAAAUGGAAGAGGAAGAAUAAUAAGAACAAUUAUAAAACUUGGGUUCCCUGUUUGUAUUCUAAAAAAUAAGAGAAACCUAAAGAAAUUAUGGACUACAGCAUGGAGAUUAUUAAAGAUACAGGACAUAUUGCUAUAAUAAAAUAAACAAACUAAGACAUUAAAUGUAAUUUACUCAUGGAAAGAGAUUUCAAAAGAAAGUUAUUUAGGAUGUAGUCAAGAAUGAUCCACGUGUUUUAUAAGUAUUAUUGUAUUAAGCAGAAAAGAAUUGGGCACAUGCUAUGACUUUGAAAUAAUUGAUUAAUAGUGGAGUCAAUAAGAAAAUCAAUAAAAGAUAAGUGAAGGUUUAUUUGGUAAAGAAAUUUAAGCGAGCCAUUCAAUAUUCUAAAUAAUUAACUACAAUUUGUGAGUUGAGAACUGAAAAGAGAACAUCAUUAGAAUCAGAAGCAUAUAAUUGGUAUUUACAAGGAUUGUAUCACUUUGAAACUGAAAAAUGGGAAAAAGCAUUGGAAUCAUUUGCUAAAUGUUAUACUAUUUAUGAAUAAAUAAUUAAAGUCUGCGAUUAAUUUAGUUCGGGAGUAUAUUAGGAGAGAUUAGAAUAAUUAAAUCAAUAAAUUAGAUAUUGUAAUGCUAAAGCAAAGAAAUUGGCUACUCUGUCUGCUGAUGAAUUGACAAAAAUGUUAAAAGAUCAAAGCGAUCCCAUCAUGAUUGCCAAAUUUGAAGAAAUGCUUGAAGAAUAGAGAUAAGCAAAGAUGACUUAAUAAUAAGGUGCUUUCGAAAUUGACUAUUAAGACUCUAAAUUACCUAUCAAAAAUGAAAAAGUGGUUAAAUUGAUUCUUAAGAUUCAAGAAAGUAAAUUAAUAGGUGAUUUGGAUUCAUUUACAACUUUAUUCUCACUUUAUGAUGAAGCAUCCAAGUACGUUAAAAUAGACAAGGAUUAAUCAACAUCUGAAUAAGAAAAAGAAAUACACUCUAAGGUGUUAGGGUAUAUCAAUUAUUAAAGAUAAUCUGCAACUUUAGAUAGAAACGAAAUGCAUAUUAGACAAUACACUGAAAAAUUUAUUAAGGAAGAUGGAGUUAAUAAUCUUUAGAACUUAUAAACCAAAAAGGCACUCAAAUUAAAAUUAACUACUCCAUAAGAAAUCAUUAAAUAUUGUGAUAAUUACUCCUAAAUUCUAAGAUAAAUUAUGGAUGAAGAACGUUUCAAUAAGGACAUUACAUUAUUCAAAAUUUUAGAUGCUAAAGAAUUCUUUUGUAAAGCACUUCGUUGUUUCUUUGUUGGCUGUCUCUACUUCACCAACGAAAAGUAUAGAGAAGCCUACAGUUUAUUGAAAUAUCAUGAUGAUUUAUCAAGAAUAGCUGAUAGGAAAUACAUAGAGAAUAAGUUGGAACCUCAUAGUUUAUUGAAAUUACUUGUUCCAUUGUCUACGUAAAUAUAAAAUAAGAGUAAACUAAAUGGAUUAAAACUUUAAUAAGAUUAAGUGAAAACUAUUGGAUAAGAAAUUUAAAAUAUUGGAUUAGAGGAUAAAUAAAAUUAGAAGACGUUAUUUGAAUUGUUAGACUCUCCUGAAUAAAUUACUUUGGAUAAUGUCUUAUCAUAUAAACCUGCUGAUCUAAUUUCAUUAAUGCAACCAAUUCCACCUAAACCAAUUUAAUUAGAUAUUGCACAUUCAUACUUAACCUAUCCAACAUUAGAAGAACCAAAGAAAGGUGGAUUCUGGGGCAAGUUAAAUAUUUUUAAAAAACAAUGA